AUGCACCACGAGGCAGUUAUAUUGUCCGCGAUUGAUGAUUUGAAUGCCCAAUUGGUUCCUAAUUACACUGUGACCGCUGAGAAAUAUGGAAUCAGUCGUUAUACACUCUCACGGCGCUAUAGAGGUGUUCAAACGUCAAGAAAGGAAGCAACCUCUAUCCACCGCAAAAUCCUCACAGAUUCGCAAGAAAAUCGACUCCUUUUUCAUAUCAAUCGAUUGGCAGAUCGCGGUUUCCCUUGUACGCCCCAAAUCCUUCAUAAUCUUGUUGUUGAGAUAUUAAAAGAACCUAUUGGAGCCAACUGGGUGGCAAGGUUCUGUCAACGCCACAAGGAUGUAAUCAACUACAGGAAAAGAUCACUAAAUACAAUAUUGAACCUGGGAAUAUCUACAACUUCGAUGAAAAAGGAUUCCUAUUGGGCUUCAUCCACACCCCUCAAGCGUAUUGUAUCAAUUAAUGCGCUCAAAUCCGGCCGUACAAUAGGUGCCAGCCAGGAUGGCAGCCGCGAAUUCAUUACACUACUUGCCUCAAUUUGCGCCGAUGGAACCUCACUCCCACCUGCUCUCAUAUAUCAAGGGGAAUCAAGGGAUAUACAAGAUACUUGGCUGGAAGAUUUUGAUAGCAAAAAGGAUCAGGUCUACUUUGCUGCUUCAGAGAAUGGAUGGAGCAAUGAUGAAUAUGGGUUAAUGUGGUUAAAGAAGAUCUUUGAACCUCAUACAAAAAAGAAAGCAGGGCGUGGAUACAGGCUUCUUAUAUUAGAUGGCCACUCAUCCCAUGUUAAUAUGGCAUUCAUCAAUUACGCGGCUCAGCAUAAGAUUUUACUUGCUGUCUUUCCUCCCCACUCUACACACCGAUUACAACCGCUAGAUGUUGGGAUAUUUGGACCAUUGAGCAAAUCAUAUUCUAAGCAUUUGAAUGAGCGAAUGAGAACCGACGCGCAAUAUCGACCCAGAAAUCAGGAAAGAAGACGUCGCAAGCGUGGCAGGGCAAUGGGGUUGCUAGAUUCUUCAAAUCCGUCAUUGGCACAGUUCUUUUCACCGGCAAAGGUGCAGAGCAUCCGCGAGCAGAUGACUGCCGCAGAGGCCGCCAAAAAGGAUGAACAGGCUCGUAAGGAGGAUGCCAAGUUGCAACACGCUAUUCUUAAGGAGCAGAAGGAGACAGAUAUCAUGUUACAGCGAAUGGAGCGGGAGGCAGCUCGCCAGGCAGCUAAGGAGCAAAAGGAGAUGGAUAAGGCCGCAAGAGCCGCUCAACGGCAGAUUGACAGGGAGCUUAGGGAUGCAAAGAAGGCCCAAGAGCAAAAGGAAAAGGAAGAACGAGCUGCUGCGCGGCAGCAAUCGCGGUUGGGGGGGGCCCAGGUUGCCCGCGGGUCCGCCGCCGGGGGUGGUGGCAAAAUAGCGGGCGUUGAGUGUAGACGGGCGUUGAGUGGUUGA